AUGUCUCUCCGUAUCACUCCUCAGACGAACUACUCCUCAGAAACGUCCAAUACCUCUAAGAAGACUCCUCAGCCACACCUCCGCAAUGGCGCUCCAUCUGCUCCAGGUCUCCCAGAUACUCUCCGUUCCUCACUUACGGCAGCCCCAGAGACUCCUGGUCUUCAGAAGACAAACUCAACGCAUCCUCUUGAAGCCCGCCUGCUAAACUGGCGCCAGACACAAGAUGCCAUGAAGAUGGAGUCUAUUCGGAGAAUACAUGGCAUGGCGGAGCCAGUACGACGAGGUAUGGAGAUGAAGAUAGUUCGCGACAGCCAGUGGAAGCCAGCUGUUCUAGGCGGUAAUAUGCACGGAAGCAUACAUGAGGAUAUCUUGGCCCUGGGAGGACGGGAGACCGAAGUUACAUGGGAAGAUGUGUAUCCCGGAGAUGAACUUCGCGAGCCUCCUAGCUUCCAUGAUGAGCUGGAGCAUAGAUUGAAGAUGAACUGA